GAAAAAGAAAUAAUAAUAAACAAAAACAUUAGACCCCCAAAAAAAAAUCUGAGAAAGAAGCGAAAAUAUCCUCUCGACCCCCCUCACCGGAAAAGGGUAUUGCGUCGCCUCCCGCCGCGACGGCGACGACGACGACGACGACGAGCGCGGGCUCCCUCCACCGCCGCCUCCGCCACCGCCUCGCCGCCUGCCUCCGCGCGCCUCCCCCGCCUCCUCCUCCUCCUCCUCCUCCUCCCACAUCGGACCCCGCCGCGGUGAGGCUGCGUCGCCGCCGGCUCUUCUGGAAGGGGGCGCAUCGUGCUCCGAUGGACGCGCAGGUUCAGCAGCAGCAGCAGGCGGCGCCGCAGCAGCAGCCGCCGCCCGCGGCCGCGGCGGCGGCGGGGAGGAGGUACGGCGUGCACUUCUCGGCGUCGAGCUUCAUCCAGGCGCCGCUCUCCGCGCUGCUCGAGUACUCCGGGAUCCUCCGCGCGGACCCCGGCGGCGGGCCGCAUCAGGUUGGGGGUGGGGGUGGGGGUGGGGGUGGUGAGGUGUCGAUCCGGAUUGUCGGGUCCGGGGAGGCCGCCGGGGCGGCGUCCGAGAGGGGGGAGGAAGGGGUCGUGGAGGACGAGGCGGGGGCCGCCCCGCAGGCGAACCCAUCCACAUCGGCUGCGGCGGCGGCGACGGCCGGCGGCGGGGAGGCGGGGAGGGAGUCCUCGUCGUCGUACCAGAGGUACGACAUACAGCAGGUGGCGAGGUGGGUGGAGCAGAUACUCCCCUUCUCCCUUCUGCUGCUCGUCGUCUUCAUCAGGCAGCACUUGCAAGGUUUCUUCGUGACGAUUUGGAUUGCCGCCGUGAUGUUCAAGUCUAAUGAUAUCCUGCGCAAGCAAACUGCUUUGAAGGGGGAGAGAAAAAUGUCAGUCCUUGUUGGGAUCACAAUAUUAUUCGUUGUUCAUGUAUUUGGAGUUUACUGGUGUUACAAGAAUGGUGACCUCGUACGACCUCUGGUGGCUCUUGCUCCAAAAGAAAUUCCACCGUUUUGGCAUGCAAUAUUCAUCAUUUUGGUGAAUGAUACAAUGGUGCGCCAAACUGCUAUGAUCAUCAAGUGCAUGUUACUUAUGUACUACAAGAACAGCAAAGGGCGUAGCUAUCGUAGGCAGGGCCAAAUGUUAACAGUUGUGGAAUAUUUUCUACUUCUGUACCGAGCAUUAUUGCCUGCUCCUGUAUGGUACCGAUUUUUCCUGAACAAGGAGUAUGGAAGCCUAUUUUCGUCUCUAACCACUGGAUUAUACCUUACUUUCAAGUUGACAUCAGUUGUGGAAAAGGUUCAAUCAUUUUUGACAGCAUUGAGAGCGUUAUCUCAUAAAGACUUCCAUUACGGUUCAUACGCAACUAGUGAACAGGUUAGUGCUACUGGAGAUAUGUGUGCUAUAUGCCAGGAAAAGAUGCAUACUCCCAUUCUUUUGCGCUGUAAGCAUAUCUUUUGCGAGGAUUGUGUCUCUGAAUGGUUCGAGAGGGAGCGGACAUGCCCGCUAUGCAGAGCGUUGGUGAAACCAGCAGACCUCCGGUCGUUCGGUGAUGGCUCAACGAGCCUCUUUUUCCAGCUAUUCUAGGCAGCCGAUGCUGAUGCCUCAACUCUGUGCAGACAAGAAGGCAGGCAAGCAAGCAGGCAGGUGUUUUAGGUGCGUGCGUCUGUGUUGCUCGCGUUUGCGAGCAGAGCAGCCCUAUGUGGUGCUGAAUCAAUCUCCACGUCUUCCCCAUCAACUGAAAGCGAAGAAGAGUACAUGAGUGUGUGAGUGCGUGCGUGUGUGUACUGAGUGUGCAUAUAUUAUCCCCAUGUAUAGGCUCUUGCGAGGUAUGUAUGCUUGAGCAAAUCUCUUUAUAUAAGAGAACUCACCUUGACCCUACACGAAUUUUACAUAAAUAGAGAUGAGUAUAUACACCGUAUUACUGCCAA